ACAGAAUGCCGCUGUCGUGUGGAGUUUAGUUCAGAACCCCAACAAGGCAAUGGAACCCGAUUCACGGGGUACAGAAACGAAUGACAUCGGCUCUAAUCGUGAGCGCUGCGGAGACGAGGAUUCUAAAGACGUCCGUCAGUUCACCCUGGUCGAUCCGGAACAUUUGUCCAAACAGCUUGACAAAGCGAACUUGGACGAUGAUGAGACGGAGGAGCUCUUUCAGCAGGCGCUGAAACUCAACGCUCAGCUCAAGAAGAUCUUACGAAGUCGCCAGGCUCCAGCAGGGAGCAGUCCGUCGAGGUCAGGUCGACCGAAGAAGCUCACUUACCCCGAACAAAAAAUGAAAGGGGGGACGAGAGGUACUUCCGGGAGUUCGGCGUUACCCCCCAUAGAGUCUUCGGACCGGAAGUCGGCAAAGGUCAGGGCUAAAAGCGGCACUAGAAGCGCAACAUCGGCAACACCGGCACAGAGGGCGACGUCAGGGGUCAGCCGCAAGGGAUCAGCUAAACGAAAAGUAGACAGACCAGCUUGGGAUGACAGGUUCUCAUACAGUUGAAAUCAUGCCCUUAUUUAUGGGGAUAACUUUGAGAAACCGUUGUGUAAUUAUGCAAGAUUUAAGUCUUGCAACAUUAAUUUUUGUAACUACAGAAACGCAUACACUGAAAUCUUAUGGGGGAAAAUGCUUUUUUAAAAAAAAUGUUAAUUGACUUCGUUGAAAUUGUAUGCAUCUUUUUUUUUUUUAAAUUUAAAAAAAUGCAAUUUGUAAUGGCGUCUGAAAGAUAAAGAGUUGAAUAUUUUAUUUUAAAAUAUUACUUGACCCCAAGAAAGCUGCAUGGUUAGAGGUCUUCUGACUGUGAUAAAAUACCUUUAAAUUUAGCUAUUUGCACGUGGAUUUUUCUUUUCCAUAGCCGCCAACACAUCUUUGUCAAUUAAUUAUAAGUUAAGUAUAAAUUGGGUGGCAUCAGCUGUCCUCAAUGUUUACUACAAAUUGCUGCUGUUAAGGGAUAUGACUCAAUAAAUCAACUCAUUUUUUAUUGUGGGGGGGGGGAGGGUAGGAGGGGGUGAGAUUAAAUAUGAAAGAAUAAUGAAGAGUGUACUCUAGUAAUUAAAAGACAUGUUUUGGACCGAGACCAAAUCCUGUUACACUACGAGUAUCUUACGUCGUUCUAACAUUGGCCAUAUUGGCAUUGGCUCGGGGAAAGGGGGUAAGGUCAAGGUUGGGGGUGUGUGGGAAUGGUGUGUGUGUGUGUUGAGUUUACCAUCAUUGUGUCCAUUGGUAUACAAUAAACAUUAGAAACGUAUACCUAGACCACGAGUUUGAACAAUUUCUUUCUUGAAGUCCGGCCCAGAGGAGUCACUGGGGUUAGUGACGCUACUGCUGCUGCCGUGGCGACAUUUUCCAUCUUCUUCAAAGCUGGAACCAACCUACCACUUUUUGAAUUCUAAUGUCUCUAUUUAAAUUUUAUGAUGUAUGCUAGUCAAUUCAUCACGUGACGGUGUUUUACCCCAAAAAAUUAUCAGAGUUUACUUUUAUCUGUAUCAAUUAGUAUGACAUAUCAGUAAAUACUAAAAAUCCACUUUCCCACCAAAAAUAAAAAGUAUUUUUUUUAAAACUAUUAUAAUUGAUUAAUUUUAAUUAAACUUAAAACUUUGAAUUUUAAAAUUAAAAUCAUAAUUAAUUGAAAUGUGUACAAUCUUAUUAUAUUACGGC